AGAAAAAAGGAAUUCAACGCGAUAUGGGCUUGCGCGUGCGACAGUGUUAUUAAAAUUUUGAAUUUGGAACAAUUCUAAGAAAAUAAUCGUUUCUGCUACUAAUAAUCAUUCGGUGUUUCAAGAAGAGAAAACUUUAUAUUUUUGUUAAUGGCAACACUCAAGAAUUCGUAUGGUUACGUGGUUGUCUCGAUUUACCGGUGCCGGUGAGCGAGUUGAUUCAUAGUCGUACUAUGUGUUCUACAUUUAUCGUAAAUAGAUAUAAAUUUAUAGAUUAAAUUAAAAUACAUAUACUUCGAUAAAUUUUGAGACUGUUCAGUUGUGUUGAUAAGGAUUUUGUUUUAAAUACGAAAGAAAAAUAAAGAUAUUGCGGGUGCAAAAUGGCGAGAGUCGGCUUGCUACUGGUGUUCUGUCAAAUUUUAACACUACCAAUCUUGGGGGGACGCAGUGAUGAUGAAAAUCCCUUUUUGGAUCUUGCAUCAUCGUUUCUACAAAAUAUGGGAGAUAGCAACAACAACUUGAAUGGAUUGUCAGCGAUUGGGAAUAUUGUUGGCAGUUUGAUGCAAGGCGAUAACGCAAAAACUUUAGGAUCGAUGUUGGGUCAGGAUACAGCUAAUGGGAAUGCUGGUGAUGUUUUAUCCGGUCUCGGCAGUUUACUGGGAGGUCAGGAUGGCAAAAUAGAUCCAGCAAUAGUUGGAUCCAUGAUAUCCAUGUUUGCAUCCCAAAUGGGAUCCAAUGCUGAAGCAAAAUCACAACCCAAUAGACAAAAAAGGCAAUCUGAGCAACCGAAUGAUAUAAAUUUAGAAAGUAUAUUAAGUCUAGCAUCAGGAUUCUUAGGGAACAAGAAUGCAGCAGGCGUACUACCCAUAAUAAUGAACACGUUAAGUUCAUUCUCGGACCCCGAAGCCCAAAAACGUGCAGAAGAUCACAAAGACCACGCGACAUUCUUACCACCGUUUUUGGAAAAGGCCCAUUUGUAUUGGGAUCUAUUCAUCAACUCGGAACUCGGGAAGACCAUUUGGGAGAAGUCAGGCUUGAGACGAGUAAUGAAAGCCUUCACUGGGCCCGAUGGUAACAUCAGCUUCGAAGUUAUGUUCAAGAAUUUCGAGAACCAUUCGUUUAGAAGACAUUGGAUCAAAACUGCGGCCAAAUAUCUGACGGAUAUGGUGGUGCAAAUGUCUAAACCUGAAGUAUAUCAAAGGUACCUUUCCUCGGGUCAAUAUAUCCUAAACAGCUUUCUCGACACGCAAGGCUUGCCAAAGACUACACACUUCAACGUAAAACGGCCUACGGAAUCUUUAACGUCUCUCAUUAAUUAUGUACUGAAGAGAUAUUUGGACAUAAAUACGGAUGUGUCUGCUUAUGUAGAGCCAGCUGUUGUUUAUAUUCAACAAACCCUCAAGAUGGCGGAAUCCACCUCCCAAUCGCUGGCCAGUCGCGGCGAUUAUCAUGUACUCGUUGAUAGAAUUACAGACACCCUCAACUUGGAAGUGAUAGAACCUGUUCUUCGUGUUUAUAGAGCAUACAAGCAUUCAGUUGAAGCACCGCAUUGCCAGGAACAUCUAAUGUGUUUAGUUAAUAGACAUCAUGAUCAGGAUAAACGAGGACUUCCAGGUUUCAAGGCAGGAUUGACAAAGCUGAGCAGUCUAGUUGCCUCGGCGGCACUAAGCUUCCAGAACGGCAAAGGUUUCUGGGACUUGUACAACGCUAUACAGAAUGACGUCAAUUGUGAGGCCACGUAUCCAGCCGAUUGCACGGCGUUCCACGAACACGAAAUGAAAGUGACAACCGAAGUUUACCACAGUGAAUUAUAAACUCCAUCGAUAUUUUUCAAAAUGGUUAUCUAUUUUGAUAAUUACACAUUUUAAUUCAAAUUGACAAUAGUAAAUUGGAAAAUGACGAUAU